AUGAAGACAGACUUCAAGUUCUCCAACCUUUUGGGGACGGUAUAUCGCAAAGGAAAUCUUCUCUUUACUCCCGAUGGCACAUGCUUGCUUUCGCCAGUAGGCAAUCGAGUCUCGGUUUUUGAUCUAGUACAAAAUACUUCCUAUACCUUGCCUUUUUCGCACCGUACAAACAUCGACCGUCUCGAUCUUUCGCCCAAGGGUAAUCUUCUGUUGACUGUGGAUGAAAAUGGCCGCGCAAUUUUGACCAAUUUCCACCGCCGCAUCGCCAUUCACCACUUCUCCUUCAAAGGACGAGUGUCCGCGCUCAAGUUCUCCCCGUCCGGCCGACACUUCGCCGUUGGUGUAGGACGACGCCUGCAAAUUUGGCAAACUCCCUCUACCCCCGGCACCGAAACUAAUGGCGAGAUUGAAUUUGCCCCGUUCGUUCUACACCGAGAUCUUGCUGCCCACUUUGACAACAUUGAGAGUGUCGAAUGGUCAAGCGAUUCGCGCUUCUUGCUCACUGCCGCUAAGGAUUUGACGGCGCGAGUAUGGAGCAUGGAUCCGGAGGAAGGUUUCGAGCCCACCACUUUGGCCGGGCACAGACAGGGUGUGGUGGCUGCCUAUUUCAAUGCGACACAAGAAGUGAUUUACACUGUCAGCCAAGAUGGCGCACUCUUCCGCUGGGAAUAUGUCACGAAAAAAGACGAGGAAACAAUGGAAGACAUUUCCGAUGCCCGAUGGAGGAUCGUCAAAAAGGAUUUCUUCAUGCAGAACGACGCCAAAGUUAACUGUGCUGCGUUCCAUGCGCCGACAAACCUUUUGGUGGUAGGCUUUUCGAACGGUCUAUUCGGGCUCUACGACCUGCCAGAGUUCAAUAUGAUCCAUCAACUGAGUGUCUCCCAGAGCAACAUUGAUGUUGUCACAAUCAACAAAUCAGGCGAGUGGCUAGCAUUCGGAUCAUCCAAGCACGGUCAACUGCUGGUGUGGGAAUGGCAGUCCGAGUCAUAUAUCCUCAAACAACAAGGGCACCUUGACUCUAUGAACGCCCUCGCAUAUUCACCGGAUGGUCAGAGAAUUGUUACAGCUGCCGAUGACGGCAAAAUCAAGGUUUGGGAUGUUAAAUCAGGCUUCUGCAUUGUCACUUUUACGGAACACACCAGUGGAGUGACCGCAUGUCAAUUUGCGAAGAAGGGAAAUGUGUUGUUCACAGCAUCUUUGGACGGCUCUGUCCGUGCUUGGGAUCUUAUUCGCUACCGUAACUUCAGAACCUUCACUGCCCCGUCCCGCCAGUCAUUCUCCUCGUUGGCCGUGGACCCCAGUGGAGAAGUAAUCUGUGCUGGUUCACCGGACUCCUUCGACAUUCACGUAUGGUCUGUGCAGACCGGUCAAUUGCUUGACCAGCUCUCCGGCCACGAGGGCCCGGUUUCCAGUCUUGCUUUCGCUGCCGAUGGCAACCACCUUGUCAGUGGAAGCUGGGAUCACACAGUUCGCAUUUGGAGCAUCUUCGGCCGAUCACAGACCAGUGAACCUCUCCAGCUCAUGUCAGACAUUCUCAGUGUGGCUUUCCGCCCAGAUGGGCAACAAGUCGCCGCAUCUACUUUGGACGGCCAACUUUCCUUCUGGUCAGUUGAAGAUGCUGUGCAGCAAGGAGGAGUUGACGGUCGCCGUGACGUCUCUGGAGGACGCCGAGUGUCCGAACGCCGUACUGCUGCCAAUGCCGCAGGCACCAAAUCUUUCAACCGAAUCACAUACAGCGCAGACGGUAGCUGCAUUCUGGCCGGUGGAAACAGCAAGUAUAUCUGCUUGUAUGAUGUCGGAACAGGUUCAUUGAUUAAGAAGUUUACUGUCUCUGUUAACACCUCGAUCGAUGGCACCCAGGAGAUCCUGAACAGUCGUGACAUGACUGAAGCUGGUCCCCGUGCUCUUAUUGAUGAGACCGGUGAAGCAUCUGAUCAUGACGAUCGUGUCGAUAGCACUCUUCCUGGCGCAAGACGCGGUGAUGCGGGUGCGCGCACUACACGCCCUGAAGUUCGCGUGACAUCUGUUGAUUUCGCACCAACUGGACGAUCAUUCUGUGCCGCCUCUACAGAAGGACUCCUUGUCUACAGCUUGGAUACCGACUUCAUCUUUGAUCCCUAUGAUCUAGACAUCACAAUCACACCGUCAAGCAUCCUUGCCACACUAGAUGCUGCCAAGGAAGCCGCCACAUCCAACACUGUGGAUGAGGAAAACACCUUCCUCAAAGCUCUUAUCAUGGCGUUCCGAUUGAAUGAACAAAAGCUACUCCGUGUUGUUUAUGAAGCGAUCCCUCCGUCAGAUAUUCCCCAUGUGGUUCGGUCCGUGCCCUCCGUCUAUUUACCUCGUCUUCUCCGAUUCGUUGCACAUGCCGCCGAAGAAACACCCCAUCUUGAGUUCAACCUCAUGUGGAUUGAGUCUUUGUUCAGCAGCCAUGGUCGUUACUUCAAGGAUAACACAGGUACAUUCGCAACCGAGCUUCGUGCCGUUCAGCGUGCUGUCGAUGACAUCCGCGAAAAUCUGAAGCGGUUGACAGAAAAGAAUCUUUACGAUCUCAACUACCUACUCUCAAAGCCUAUUCUUGGGGACAAGAAAACUAGCAGUGCCUUGUUGGCUAUGGAAACCGAGGAUGCCGAGGUUGAUGAUCAGAUGGUUGAUGCUGACGAUGGAGAAGCUUCCAGCUUGAAGCAUAUCCCAACUGUCAGGUACAGCGCGUACCUACCGGACUUCAUCAAUCGCUUGAUCUACUACCCCAAAGCUGCCUCAAUGAUCAGUGAAGGAUACAAAAAGUACAAGGACAGUCCAUUUCGUCUACUCACCAGCGACGGAGAAGUCAUCGUCUUGCCAGUGAAAUACCAAGAUGAACUGAGACAUCUUCCUCCUUCAAAACUCAGCUCGCUACAUGCCCAAUAUGAAAACGCGUUGGGUCAAUAUACCAACAUCAUCAUCGAUACUCUUUUACCUGCUCUGACCGUGCGGAAAAAGUUAACUCCAAAUCUAGCUCAAGUCGUCCCCGGUGUCAUCGACGAGCUACGAGCAGCAUUUGAUGCCACUCUCCCAGGAUGCGAAGACACCUGGAUUCGAAUCAACCCAGGCGAGCUGUUCACCCGGCUUAUUGCUCUCUCAACAUCCCGCAUGAUGGCUGGCGACAUCCUCCGCGAAAACGAAGAAUGGCUCAACGUCGCAAGCAACUACGCCGUGAACGUGGGAAUCACAAUUCUCCUCCUCCGUCCAGUCCCCAAAUACCUCCGCCCACUCGUAGCGCCGUUCCUUCCCAGCGUCCGGAAGAUGAAGAAACAGUUACGUUUCGCCAAAAACCUCUUUAUUCCGAUGAUCCACGAACGCAGACUGGCACAGCAGGCUAAAGACCCCAACUACACUAAACCAAACGACUUCUUGCAGUGGAUGAUGGAUCUGAGUGACGAAAAGAACGAGAAUCUCGGACCGGAUACCCUGGCGCAUCACAUGCUGCUCUUGGUCACACUGGCUGUUACUCACACCAGCACCAUGGCUCUGUGUCACUGUCUCUACGAUUUGGUUACUAGACCCGAAUACCUUGCACCCCUGCGCGAAGAAAUGAGCCGGACUCUACCUGAUGGAUGGUAUAAGGCGACUCAGGGUGCGCUGAAGGAGCAAUCACGUUUGGACAGUUUCUUGCGCGAGUCUCAGCGCUUCGCUCCGCCUGGUGAAUUGAACUUCCACCGCAUCGUCAAAGAACCCAUCACCCUCCAUGACGGUCUCGUUCUUCCAGUUGAAACACACAUCUGUUUCGCUGCCGGUCCGAUUAGCAAGGAUGAUGCCUUCCUGAAAAACCCAAUUGCUUUCGACGGCUUUCGUUGGUGCCAUAACCCUCAGGACCGUUUUGUCCUCACUCCUGGGCUCGCUGGGCCUGGUAUGCUGAAUGGUGCUGGUGAGAAGCCGAUCUCUUCCGCUCAUUUCGUUUCUAUCACCAAUUCAAACAUGCAUUUCGGAUUCGGGCUCCAGGCGUGUCCUGGUCGAUUCUUUGCGGCGAAUACUCUAAAGGCGAUUUUGAGCCGUCUCAUCCUAGACUAUGAGUUUAAGUUUGUGAAAGAUCUGGGUGGAAAGAGACCCGCCAAUCUUGUAGUUGGGGAGCAUAUCCUUCCUAGCAUGAGCACUGAGAUGCUGUUUCGGAAGAGGCCCAUGGAACUUUGA